UACGACUACUUUUAAUUAAAUUCGCACAUGUGUGUAUGUUGAGUAAAUUUGCUUCCAUCUGUUACUUUAAAAUGCGCUGCAAUGUGAAUGGCUGUGUGUAAAAGACUUUGGCCGAGGUGUUGUCUUAACAGCUGCAGCUGAAAGUGAAAGGUCGACAGAGAACCCUAAUAUUUGUCUUCGAGCUGCAAUAUUACUCAGUUCCGUAACGUCAGAAAGUUAAGAGCAAAACGGCAGUUUUUUACGUUACAGUUAGUGGUAGGCAAAGUAAGGAUAACAAUGUGCGAGAGUAGAAAACGUUAGCUAGGCUACUUUAGUCGACGUUGCCUUUCUUGACUGUUUCCGUUGUGGGAUUCCCUUUCGCAAGUCGACUGUCUUUGAAAUGAUCUAUUUCUGCUAUGGCGAGAGGUCUGUUUUCACGGGCCUGGAUGACAAAGUCUUAUCACUUUCAGGCUCGCCUGUCUUACGUCCGAGUGAAGUACCUGUUCCUCACCUGGCUGGCGGUGUUCGUGGGAAGCUGGGUUGUGUAUGUUCAGUACUCCUCUUACACAGAGCUUUGCAGAGGGCGAGAAUGCCAAAGAACCAUUUGUGACAAGUACAGAAAAGGUGUGAUCGAUGGCUCUGCUUGUAGUAGCCUUUGUGAGAAAGGCUCACUCUACUUUGGGAGGUGUCUGUCCAGCAAGCCCAACAAUCAGGUAUAUACAGGUAGCUGGGGGGAUGUGGAUGGGGUGAUCAAGUGUCAGCUGGGUGAUGUGGUGCACUAUGAGCUGGGAGAGGAGCUAGAGCCCAGGAAGGAGACAGUUCUGUUCGACAAACCCACCCGGGGCACCUCGGUGGAGAAGUUCAAAGAAAUGGUCUCCAGCCACCUGAAGGCGAAGGUUGGCGAACAGGCCAAUCUAGCUGGACUGGUCACCCUGAUCCUGUCGUUUGCCGACAGCAAUCGGGAUGGCCACGUGUCCCUAGCGGAGGCCAAGUCAGCCUGGGCUCUGCUGCAACUGAACGAAGUCCUGCUGGCCGUGGUUCUCCAGGGCCGUGAGCACACACCCAAGCUGCUAGGCUUCUGUGGUGACCUCUACGUGGUGGAGCGCGUGCCCUACACACCACUGUACGGCCUGAGCCUGCCAUGGCUGCUGGAGCCAUGGGUGCCAACAGGCCUGCGGCGACGCCUGGAUCAGUGGUUCACGCCCUCGUGGCCACGCAAGGCCAAGAUCGCCAUUGGCUUGCUGGAGCUGGUGGAGGACGUGUUCCAUGGGCCAUUUGGCAGCUUCCUGGUGUGUGACAUGCGGGCGGGCAGCUUCGGCUACACGGAGCGCUAUGACCUGCGGCUGGUGGACGGGCGGCGCGUGGUGCCUGAGGAGGCCUUCCGUCGCGCCAUGCACCUCCGUCGUUGCCAUGACGAUGACGACUGUGCGUACGGCGCUGACUGCAGGGCGGCAUGCAACCCCACUGAGCAGCGCUGCAUGGGUCAGGUGAGCCAGCCCAACCUGGCUCGGGCAUGCGGUGCACUGAAAGACUACCUCCUGCGGGGGGUACCAGCGCUUGUGCAGGAAGAGCUGGAGAAGCAGCUCUAUGCCUGCAUGGCACUUCAGGGUUCAGCCGAGCACAUGGAGAUGGAGCACGCAUUAAUCCUCAACAAUCUGAAGACCCUGCUGUGGAAACAGAUUUCACACACCAAGGACUCCUAAAUGAGUGACCCGUAAAUGGACACCAGCACAGCUACUAUUGAGCCAGGUUUGAAACUGAGCUAGGUUGAGGCAUGGAACAGUAAGCGAUCAGCAUUCUAGCAAUAGUGUGCGUCCAUUGUGGUACUGACCCAUAUCUAUGGCCCUUUCUUCCAGCAGAGAAAUUAGGUGGUAAAAGAGCCUAUCCAUAUUUUUAUUCUAUUCCAGCUACAGACACACCUCAGACACUCAAUCAAUGACCCUCAUCAGAAAAUGGAGCACAACAAAAACAAAACUGGCUGAGGGUUCUUGAGGAGUGGAUUGAAAACUUCUGCAUUACUGUAUCUAAUGCCAAUGUACAUGUGCAGCACAUUCAUUUGUACUUGCUGUUUGAUGUUUUCGGACUGAAUCCUGCCAAUACCCAAGUGAUCACUGAUUGUGCACUUACUUACACUUCCUUCAAGUCUAAUGAAGGGGAAACUGAAGCUUUUUGCAUCCAUUGUAGGAUGACAACAUGAAGUACAGAACACUAAAGCAUGUGCAGUCUACAGCCUGUGCUGCCCCUACAGUUCAUAGGAGGGAGGCAGUGUGAUCUUGGAACAGUGGGAUCAAAUGCAGAAAAUUAAGUGGCUAGUUGUAUGGCUCUUUUGGUCUGCAGAGCAUGUGUGCUGGUACUGAAAUCGGUACGAUUUCACCAUCAGAUUGCUGGGACUGAAAUCAUCUCAAUUUCCUACAUUAACAACUUCCCUAAAUUCCAGUUAUGGCUGAUCACUCAGCUGGAUUGAUAGUCUGAUUACACUCAGUUUUAUGACUGGGUGUUUUGUAUUACAAUUCAACUGAUCAUGAACAUUAAAUCAUGUGCAAUCAUGUCAACAAUCCAUUGCUGAAGGUCAGUGUUGCUGUCUGAGAAUGAAUGUUUUUUUUUUUGAAGUAUAAAUGCAUGACUUUGCACAUUAAAAUGUUUUGUUGCACUCA